UAACGUUGUUCGACUCUACAGUUUUAGUGUUUCAAGUGGUUUUUCUACAAUAAGGGCGUGUGUAUUCGCGAUCGAACAUGUAUACCACCGGAUAUCAACCUUUCAUAACACUGACCACUUAACAUGAUUACGAAGGGAUUUUGCUUUCCUUGAAAUCUUCUUCUGUAAAGGUGAUUUGAUCAACAGCGUUCGUCGAGUGUUAUAAUCGAGAUGCUCAACGUCCUCACACGCGGUUUGGCCGACGCGUGAGAGUGGAAAACGAGUCAGCGUGGGCCCUUACGGUAGGUUUGUCUGCGCAAGCCGAGCUGAUAUCAAUUCCAACUUAAGAUGCGAAUAUCCCCUCCAAUCUCAGGGUCUAUUUUUAAUGCUUACUGACGUACCACGCUGUUUUUGUAGUUCCGUUCAGGUGCUGGAAAUACCCGUUAGAGACACGUGCCAAAAGACUAAACCUGAUCUGUAAAACGUAAAUCCAGCUUGCCCUACGGCAAUCGUGCGAGUGAGCUCCCGGUGGGAUCUCUUUCGCUCAUAUUUUUUAAAGAGAGGAGUCUAGCGUUUACAACCCAAACCUCCUUCGGUUGCAUGGGCUUUCUGAGUCUCCUUUCCCCCCCCCCCUCUUUGUCAUCUCAGUUUUGCUAUCGGGGAAAGUGAGACGUUCAUGUUUGAUUAACAGGUUGAUCCCCUCAAAGAUCUGGCGGAUCUUUUUUUUUCACUGUGUCACAGAACGUUAGCUUUGCAAAUUGACCGACGCGCAUGUCUUUGAAAAAUGCUUUGACCAUCGCCACAUUUGUGUUAUCUGUAUAUUAAAGUAAACUAACGACCCCCCCCAAAAAAAAAGAAAAGAAGAAGAAGAAGAAAAAAAAAACAAAGAAAGAUGGCGGCAAGCUGACGGUCAAAACAUGUGAAUGUAGUCUUAAUCACCAGUAUAGCUCAAAGCCUCCAACGAUGAAGCGAUUUCAGCAAGGUCAGUAUUGUGGAAAUGGUGGUAAACGUAGGUCUCUCCGACAGUCAAUAGCCACCUGAAAUGUCCGUUAGUGGUCCCCGAAGGGUCAGAUUAGUACUAUAGUUCAAGACACAAAUCUAAGUAUUUCUCCAGACGUACGCUCCAUAUUCUUUAUGAAAAAUCAUAAAUGUCAAGGUGUUUUUAUUGAUGUCUCGGCUCUGCAACUUACCAAACGAUAUUCAAUAACUGCAGAAUUCCAAUCUCGCCUCGGCAAUUGCCACGCUUGCAGAAGUCGACGGCCGUUUGAUGUAUGAAUCUAAGUGUGGAUGCUAGACUAACUUAUGAUCGAAUUAAGCUGUACACUAAACUGCUUCAAGGGAUCCGCUGAUGAAAGAGAAAACCUUGUAAACAGAGAAAGGUCGCAGUGCCUGGACUACCUAGCGUGGGUUUACAUCUGGGGGAAUUCUAAUGUGCUGACUGAACCUCGGGGAGUCAAGCAGAUGCACGGAACAGCCGUCGAUUCUCCUCUGAAUCUAGGUUCAUCUCAUCCCCAGCCGGUUCCAGCUCCAACCACAAGCUCGCAAAUCGAGGUCCGUAAAUUUCUGACAUGUGACAGUUGGCCGUUAAGCGAGUGACUCUCCUCGCUUCGUGGCAGCUCAGCACGAUCCGCUUUCUUUUAUAAUCCUUUCGCCCGUUCUUGCCAUGUAACACCAAAAUCUCAGAUCCACGGUUCGAGCGGCUGAUGAGCUCGGCAUAUCGUACCCAGCUCGGGCCCGUAUGGUGAUUUACGACUGGUAUGUAUGUUUUAGCUUGGCAUUUUGAUGAUACGGACCUAAGUGCCUUCGUCUUGGCGGGCAGGAUCGCAGGGGAAACAUUGUUUCAGAAGGAAAAGAUGAGGCGGGAGGUAAACCCAGAUUUGCUUGGCGCGCAAUGAUCAACAAACAGACAUCAGUUUGGAGCUAAACAGACGCCAGAAAAGCAAUUUUGGAGACCUUACACUUUAUCCUGGACAACUGAUUUAACCGAACCAAAAGGCAACUUGAACUGGAGGAAGUAGCCGAGGCGGGGGCUUGAGAGGACGCUCGAAACCGUGACAGCAGACAAACCCCAACACUUGAGCGAUAUCUCUCCUUGUAAUUGGAAAAAGGUUUCUGGAUUCGAUGCAAUUCCCCCCCAUGGCAAGAUUUACACCCAUCAAGUGAUCCUAGUGAGGAGAUUAAAGCGUUGGAGACGGACCAGCCCCGAGGGAAAAAUCGUCUGCAAAACAGGUCCCACGUGAGACAGUCGAGAGGAACUAUGUCCCAACGCACUUGUCUGGUUUUCCUCUGCUUUCUUCUACUGCAGGUAGCCUCGGUCCGUGGCGACGAGGAAGAGGAAGCUAAUGGGAUAUUCGAGGACCAGACACCAGAGCAGAGGGCGAUGCAUUACAUGGUGUACGAGAAGUGUAGGCAGCGGUUGAGUGUGGAACAGCCGCCCGAUGACGGUUACACAUACUGCAAUAUGACCUUUGACUCCUGGGAUUGUUGGAACUACACCCGGGCAUCCGAGACGAUAGUCCAGCCGUGCCCGGAAUGGAUACCCGAAUCCGACCCAUCAAACAUGGCUAGCAAGACGUGUAUGCCUGACGGGGAGUGGUUUCGGCAUCCUGACACCAACGAAACGUGGACAAAUUACACGCAGUGCCGCGAAAAGGAGGAUUCGCAUAAUUACGCCUACAUUGUCUACUACCUAGGCUACGGCUUGUCUGUCCUUUCUCUCUGCGUGGCACUCUUCAUCUUCUUCUACUUCAGGAGUCUUGCCUGCCCCCGAGUGACUAUCCACAAAAAUCUCUUCAUCUCUUUCAUCCUCUGCGGGAUCGUUUGGAUUCAGUGGUUCGCUGCGGUCACGCAGAACCCAGGUCUCAUCGUGGAAGAUCCUUUUUUCUGUAAAGCCCUGCUGGUGUUGGGUCAGUAUUUCAACACCUGCAACUAUUUCUGGAUGCUGAGCGAGGGGCUCUACCUACACACGGUGAUUGUGGUGGCGGUCUUCUCCGAAAACCACCGCCUUAUCUGGUACUACAUCAUAGGCUGGGGCCUUCCAGCGAUUCCUGUCUUCAUCUUCACGUUAUUGAUGCUACUUUUCAACAAGAGCAAUUGCUGGCUUACAGAUAGCCCAUUCCAGUGGUGUGUCGGCGGUGCUAUUAUUCUUGUUCUCAUUAUAAACCUGUGUUUACUCCUGAACAUUGUGCGAGUAUUAGUCACCAAGUUACGAGCUACACCCACUUCUGGCUCCGGCAGGAAUUACACGCGAGCGGUUCGAGCAACACUGAUCCUUCUUCCACUCCUUGGCUUGCAUUACAUCAUUCUUCCCGUAAGGCCAGGCGGCAACCCCACGGCCAUAGACUUCUACGACUACUUCAUGGCAAUACUGUUGUCUCUUCAGGGCUUCUUUGUCGCCUGCAUAUUUUGCUUCUUCAACGGUGAGGUAAUGACAAAGAUUCGUAGACGCUUGAAUAAUUUAACACUGAGGCAAACCUCAUGCUCGACAGCCGGCCGCCCGCGUCAGACCAAAGUAAAAAUGCAAAUCCGCCGCAAAUGGUAUUCGUACCGUUGGGGGCACAGGGGGAGUGUAUUCGGUGGGCGCUAUGGCAACAUGAACACGACAAUCACGGAAACGGUGUCGACAAUGGCCCCCAACGACAGACGGAGUGUGGACAAAGGGCAGAACAGCCCGCUGCUGAACAAAGCGCCCCCGCCUGCCCAGAACAGCCUGGGCAACGGCAAGACGGUGCGCUCCAGGCGGGGAACAACGACGGACACGGACGACGCGAAGGAGAGAGAGGAGCUAGACUCCAGCUCCAGGCCGCCGACGCCGACGCAGACGCCGCCAGCGUACGCCGAGCUGGGGCCCAAUCACAGUUGGGACUGCAAUGCCAACACAAGCCAAAAUGUCUGCCCGAGCAUCUUGAUCGAAAACCACGACGAAGAGUCAAAGACGACCGAGGUCUGACAAGAGAACACAGGAUGUGGAAACGUUCUGUAUAAAGAAAUCGACAGCUUGUUUUGGAACUGUAUAUAUUUUUAAGUGGUGCGAUAAAGACGUUUCUAUGCUGUUCUGUAAAUGUUCUUCUCCAAACUACGCGAAUGAGAGAAAAACACAAAAACAAAAAGGAGGACUAUGCUGCAUCGAUUGCUGUCAAGGAAAUCAUGACAGAAUGUCACACAAGUUGUUGUACAACUAUCACCGUAAGAAGUACAAGAAGCAAGCACCGCUUUUUCUCAGAGGAAAACCAACUGCAAUCGCAGCCAUGCUUGCCCGGGUGUUCAGUCGGAGCUGGUGAUCUCAAAACAGCACGAUGUAGUCUUGACUAAGAGUAGACUCACUUUUGUGAAGUAACUUCUCAGUGGAUGUGCAUACUAUAAGACACGUGUACAGACGAGGUUUAAUUCUGGCCUUGAAAAGAGGUCAACUGUAAAUUCCUACUCUACAGCCACACUGUAGCAGGUUGAAAACAGUAUUUUCAAAUGAACAAUAUAUACUGCCUUAUUACUAUCGUCAUUAUUGAUGUUACUACAAUGCAUAAUAAUUUCAGUCCUGACUGAAAAACAAUAAUGCUUUUAGUGUAUUCAGCAAAUUCAUAUUUAAUAUAUUGUACUGGCAAUUUUAGACAGUACAUGGGAGAAGAAUUCCACUGAUUGUAGGGAACUACAUGACAUUAGGUAAAACCUCUGCUGAAGCUGUUAGUUUCUUGGAGAUGACCUUAUAUCUAUUCCGCAAACUAAAGCUGAAAGGUGAACUCAAGAAAGAUUUCCGCAUUGUGCUGCUCGUAUGCUAUUCAUUCACGCGGACGAAAUGGCUCAGCUGGCAGCACACUUACUGUAUUGAAACAACAUGGCGCCCGAAGCAAAAGUCAUUAAAUGAAACGGGAACUGUUCCAUAUACGAACGCCAGUAAUUCCUCCCUACAGUGACUUAAUAGCCAUCAGAAAGCAAAAACAUGACCAGAAAUGUUAAAUUUACGAGGGAAAAUGCCAAGUUGUUUACUGAGAAAACAGAUUUUUUCAGACAAGUAUAAGGAACUCUAUCCAAUGAAACAUAACUUCAAUACCGUUUAAGUUUUCAGAGUACGCCUGACUUCAAAUACUGAAACAAAACUACGCAAUGACUCACCCGUUUUGGUCAAGCAGGCUGCCCAACAAUGUACUCUAAACUGAAGACAAUCCACGAUGUGCCCUGGUGUGGCACACGACUCGACAACGAAGUAGGAACCAGGGUUCAGUCGCAACGUACGGCUGGACCAAGCUCUCAAGAGCAGCACCAAAUACUCCUCUGACCAGUGUCGUGUCAAUAGCAUCUCCUUGUAGCCAGCUCUGCUUGCAGUUACCAGACAGCCGACAUUCACACGGGUCGCAGUUGGGGCGCUUGUACUGUUCCAAAGGAAUGUCAAGCAUUCAAGCUUCAACAAUGUAAAACAUCUUGGACAUCUGCGGCAUACCAGUGCCUGGUGCUAACGUUUGUAACAAAGCAGAGGCUGAACUCUGUUGUUCGUACAACAAAGUUCUAAUGUACGCCUACCCAAUGCAUCCUCUAUAGCUGCAGGAAACCAACUCGUUUUUCCUCGAAGGCUGUGUUACUGUGUCCAAGACUCAACCAAAUCGUUUCCACACUGCGCUUCCAGGGGGCGCAGUGGUUGUGAACAGCUCUAAGUACAAAACUUAAAAAUGUGGACUCGCUUUUGUAAUGCAUUAACUUUUCUUUCACUUUGCGAUAUAAAUGGCUCAGGCGGGCCGGUCACCAGCGCUCAGGGUGGUUGUGUGACCUUUGACCGUGUUAUUAAAAAUUAGGCUCGUUCUCUGACUACAUAAUCCAUUACAAAAAAUUCGCGAUGCAUGUGUAUUAGUUAUGAGUAAAUAGACAAGUAUUGGUUUAUUUUAACGCUCAUUUUGGAUAUUGGCGACAAUAGGUGUGUAGAAAUUUAAUUGAUUUUGUUAUUUAUGAACUAGACAAUGUACAUUUGUAUAAAAUGCCUUCAUUUUAUAUUUUGUGUAAAGAUCGUUUCAUUGACUUUAACUUUGUUGUCCUUAAAACUAGGACGCAUAUGCUAAUUUUUUGGUGUUUUUUGGAAUAGUAUUGACAAUAUUUCAGUUACUAGAGGUAAUUGGACGGGUAGAAAUAGUCGAAAUGAGCCCGAUACAGAGAUGAACAUUUGCUGCUAAUUUCUUGAUGCAUCGGAAAUGUGAAUAUCCGCUUUACGUGUCAAUAUAUAAUCGAAAAGGAAUUUAUUGUCAAAUCGAAUGUAUUUAAAUGAUACCUGAACUUGAGCAGUUGAAUAGAAAGAUAUUACAUUCUCUGAAGUCUUUUUAUGACACAUUUUCUUUUUACAAUAUUGCCAUUUAUUAAUCAAUCCUUCAUGUAAACAAAAGUGGAAGUGAUUUGAGCUUUGAAAUUACUAGUCGCUUCACAUUAACAGUGUUUUGUAAAUCUUGUAACGACUCAGUUUCAAGGUUUCGAAUAAUGCCUUUCAAAUCAUUUUCUAAUUACUCUGCAAUCCUGCGUUCACGGCAAUGCGCCUUGUCUUUUGUAAUAGCUAAAGGAAGAUCACUGAGAUGCACUGGUGGAAGAAAUGCUACCUUUGGUUAUUGACACCUACUCUUUGUUAAGGCGUGCCAAGUGCACAGGGUGCCUCGGUUUUGGCAAAAUGGGCUUACAAUGCACUGGGAUGGGAGCACCAUCAUUUUCUCUGGAACUUAUUAAUUUCUGGAAUAUUUUAAAGCUUGGUUCAAGCUGGUUCUGUUUAAUUUCUAGACAGCGAAUUUUGAUGGGUAUAAUGUGUGCGUGUUGUGUCUUGCAAAAGUUAAGUCUUUAUCGUGACUACAGUUUCCAAAUCUUGUAAGUUGGAGACCAAAACUGAGAAAUGUUCCUGAGAGGAGGGAGGCCACAUUCAUAAAGCUCUGUUGUGCUGGUCGUGUCGUAUUAACUAUUUCAUUAGCACGUGCAUGUGGACAACACAAUUUCUCAUUACAUGGAUUAAUUAAAAAUGCAUAAUUAUGUAUAAUAUUUAUAA